UAUCCGUCGCCUCUGCCCCGGGCGUGGCGGGGGGGGGGGCCUGAUUUGGCGGCCAUGGCGACGUCGUGGAAGCCUGUCCUGCAGCCCUGGAUCCGGGAUCUGCUCCUCGGGCUGGAGCCUGGAGAGGGCUCCGGACUGGAGGAGAAGCGAGAGGGGCUCGGGCAGCUGCUGGAAGUAAUUGGGGAAGCUGAGCCUGGAGGGAGCCUAAAGCUGCCUGAUGGAGAGGCUGCUGCCAUCCUGCUGGUGACCGAUGGGACCCACAGUGUGCAUUGCCUGGUGACCCCCGAGGCCCUGAGCAUGGCUGCCUGGGAAGAGAAGCACUUUGGUUUUAGGAGGGCGGUGGGCCGGCUGCUGCUGCUGCAGGACUUCAGAGUGUGUGUUCAAGAGGCGGCCGAGACUUCAGUGCCUGCUCAGCAGAAUGGGAAGUUCUACCUAUGGGUACAUCGAUUCAUCCUGCUGCCCACAGAGCUCCCCAGGGAGGGAGUGACAAGCUGUAACUGGGACCCAGCUGUUCAGAGAAAACUUCAGGAGUGUAAAAAGCACCAUGAAAGGGAGAGGACUCCCCCUAACAUAGAUCGAGGUUCUACAUUGUCCCAGUUGCUGGAAGAGAUGUGUGAAGACAGACUGAGCUUACUAAGCUGUCAGGCCCAGAGCUGCUUGGAGCUGGGGGGUUCCCAGGGGGGUUCUCUGCCCCUUACUCGAUGGGGAGCUUCUCGAAGGAGGGCCCAGGGAGAAGCUGUGUUCGUUGUUCCAGGCCUGAGGCUGCACAUUAGUGCAGAAGAGGAGGACACCCUUCAGAACCUGAGGGCAGUGUCUGAAAACAGCCCUGAGCUUCAGAGUUUAGAGAGGACCCCAGCAGACCCCUGGCAAUUACUUCCCGCCCUGUCCUUGACACAGUCCUCUUCCUCCUCUUCCUAUGUAGAGCUCAGUGAUGUCUCUGGCUUCCCUCCCUCUUUCCUGUCAUCGCCAGAGGCCCUGGACUGUUUGCCGUUCUCGACUGAGGGAAGCCCAAGUCGGCUGAAGGAUAAUGUCACCAACAACCGGGAAUCCCCCUCUUCUGGGUGCAGGGAGCCCAUCGACCUGUCGCCUCUGCUUUUUCAGGGCGGCGGGUCCUCUUGUAUCCAGACUUCCUGCCCCCAGGAACCACCACAGGACCAGCUCCCUCCACCUCUUCCCUCUUCCUCCCAGGCAGCAGCCAGUAUGUCUAGGGACAAGUGGGAAACCCCUAGUACAGGGGGCCACCAGCAGCCCCUUGGAGCCCUGUUGAGGGCUAGGGCUAGGGCCAGGGGAAGCAAGGACAGACCGGGAAACAGGAAGGCCAGCCUGGAGUUUGUGAGCAAGAGGGUCAAGGGUCCCCUCUGGGUUCCAGAGAGCACUCCUUCAGGCGACUCCAGCCCAGGAGAAGGCCCGGCCUCAGCCAGGGCCCCUCCAGAGAGACACCUGGAUGACUCCCCUUUCCAGUACAACUACCCAGAGCCCUGCGUCCGCCUCUGCUCCCAGGUUGCAGCUACCAGACUCUGCCCAUCGCUCCUGGACUGGGCCAGACAAGUGCUAAUGGAGAGCGACCUGGUGGAGGUGUGAGAGCUCGGAGUUGCUGCAGAUGCUCGUCUGCCACUCUCACCCUUGCCUUGGGGGCGGGUUAAUAAAAAGCAGAACUGCA